AUGUGGAAGGCCACUAGUGACGCAAUAUGCACGUCGAAGGAUGCGGACCGGUUGUGCGUUUACUCUGCGUUUGUCAACACUUCACCGUUCCCAAAAUGUGAAGAAGACUGGCUGAGAAUUGCAAGUGGUUUUGAAAGCAAAUGGCAGUUCCCUCACUGUUUAGGAGCUAUUGAUGGGAAACACAUCAUAAUUGUACCUCCUAAAGAAAGUGGAUCGUUUUUCUUCAAUUAUAAGAAAACAAAUAGUGUUGUCUUAAUGGCUGUAGCUAAUGCAAAUUAUGAAUUUGUGAACUGUGAUGUGGGAACAGAUGGGAGAGUAUCCAAUGGAGGGGUUCUGCAGAACACUAAAUUUUACAAACUUCUUGUUAAUAAUAGUUUAAAAAUUCCUCAACCUCAACGAAUUGCAAAUUUGCAGGAAAUAGGUCUAAUGGAGUAUGUUUUUGUUGGUGAUGAUGCCUUCACAAUUCACAACGAUUUAAUGAAGCCAUAUCGUCAAGAAAAAUUAUCAAAGGAAGAAAGAAUCUUUAAUUACCGCCUCUCUAGGGCAUGCAGAGUUGUUGAAAAUACGUUUGGAGUAUUGGCCUCAAGGUUCCGUAUUUGCCAUACAGCCAUAAACUUGAAGCUGGAGAAUAUUGACACUGUUGUAUUAACUUACUGUGUUUUACACAACUUUUUGCGCAGAAGAAACCCGCAAUUUUACACACCAUAUGAGUCACUGGAUUGCGAAAAUAUCAACAAAUGUUCUCUUGAACUGGGCGAAAGAUGUGAUGAAGAAAUUAUGCACACCCUGCAACGUGGAAGGAGUGGGCAAAUUUUUGCAAGCGCAAAAACUGUUAGAAAUAAAUAUAAACAUUUCAGUACUACUGGAGCUGUUCCAUGGAAGGAUGGAUUUGUAUCAUAAUAAACUUUGUUUUG